AUGGCGCCGUCCAAGACGGUGCCCCAAAGGCUAACAGAACAGGCGUGCGAGGCUCAAUACCUCUCUGAGAUUUCAGGUAGAGACAGGCGAUGGGAUCAGAGAAGGGUGAGCGGUGAGAUCGUCGAAGAGAUCUUUCAGGGUUUUGCACAUCCAACAUUCGCCAAAUGGGCACCGAGACUUCAACAGUGUGCGCAAGUUCUCGAAUUCGGCUGGGCGGCCGAUGGUCGAGAUGGCUAUGAGGGUGUUUUGGCUCUCAAGCUGAAGCGGGCUUGGUUCUGUAAAGUUCCAAUGUGCCCGGUUUGCAUGUGGAGGAAGUCUCUCGUGAAGCUCGCGCGUCUCUAUAGCGCCUUGCCGAUCCUAGCUAACGAUUUUCCAAAGCAUAAGUGGAUCUUUCUCACUUUGACGGUGAAGAACGUCGAGGUAGAGAAGCUUCGUGGUGAGCUGUCGGAGCUCCACCAAUCGUUCAAGCGGUUGACGAAACGUGAAGAGUGGAUGCAGGGGAUAGUUGGCUGGAUUCGCUCGACUGAGGUAACGAAGGGGAACGAUGGGCCUAUGAUGGCUCAUCCCCAUAUCCACACGCUUGCUUUGGUUCGGAGUUCGUAUUUUGGGCCGCACUACGUAACGCAGGAGCGUUGGAGAAAGCUUUGGGCGGAGUGCGCUCGACUGGAUUACGACCCAUCGGUCGAUGUUAGGAGAGUGAAGGCGAAGAAGGGUGGGGAUGAGGCGAGCCUGCGUGCUGCGAUCGCGGAGACCGCGAAAUACUCAUUAAAGCCGUUGGAUCUCUCUUUGGAAAACUCUGAGUACAUUCAACAAUGCGCGGUGCAGUUGCGGAAGAUGCGGAUGUACGCGGUGGGUGGGGCUCUGCGGAAUUACAUGAAGAAGGUGGAGGAAGAUCCGGAGCAAAAGCAGCUCGUACUUGGUGACGGUGACGGUGAGAAAUCGGAGAAGAAUCCCGGAGGAGUGAACUAUCACUGGCGAGGUGAUGGAACACCGCGGUAUACGUUGAAGCGAUGA